CUCAAGCUGAUCAGUGUGCCGAAUGGACUAACCAGCUUCAGGACUUCAAACUUGCAGGCAGAAGCCGAAGUUAAAGGGAAUACUCUUGGCUGUCAAACACAGGAGGUCGUUGGAGCCAAGAGGAAUCACCUGGCUGGCGGGGGCCCAACACCUCUUCCCAGAGACAGCAGAAGGACCUAUCAGGAUAUAUCAGCCCAGCUCUCACAGCUUGUUAACUUGCCAUGGAGCCAAGAAGCCUUGCGUGAUACCACAGGGUUGUCUUUAAGGCAAACAGCUAAGGAGUUUGGCAGGACCCUUUGUGUGCUUUUGGAAUACUGCCCUGGAGUUUGUGCUAUUUGUCCUCUAAAAGGGAUUUAUGCUGUCUGGGAGGAGAUUUUAUCUGCGAUUUCAUUGCUGACAUGCUUUGCCCCAACACCUUUCAAUUCAACGCAUAUGACCUCCAUUCAUGGUGUGCGUCACAACAAAGCUAAGACCUGGGAAAACUGUCAUCUGUCAAGGAAUAACUUUGACGCAGGCCAAAUAUGGCCAGAGACGUAAGUCCUCUGAGCCUCAUGCCUUCGUCUGCAAGGCAUCAGCAAUGGGUUGGAGCCUCUCUGGGCUUCGUCCCCCCCUUUGUUCCCCUACGUUCUCUAAUUUUUUACUACUUCCUGUCAUGUGCAGCAGCAGCAGGCAGUUUGCCCGGCAUAGAACAUGACUAUGGAAUUAGCCCCAAAUUUGUUUGCACUCCAAUUCCCCCAGAAGCUGACCCCAGUUGUUAUUCUCCACCCAGUGUGCCCCAUGGACCAAGCACUAAUGGCCACACUAACGGCCACAAUGGCAGUAAUCGGCGAGCAAUGAUGUCCGACGAGGCCAAAGCCACAAUCUUGCACCUGCGUGAGAGCCUUGUGAGGCAAAAGGAGACCAUCCUGGACCAGCGGGAGACCAUCAGAGAGCUGACCGCCAAGCUCACCUUGUGCGAGGGCUUCGGUGGUCACCAUAGUGUUGGUCACCAUGACAACCACCAUGAAAAUCAUCACGACAACCAUCACGAUACCCAUCAUGAUAACAACCAUGAUGAUCACCACGGGCAGCACAGCAGCCACCAUACACCAUCACACCACGGGCCUUCGACGUAUCACAGCAACGAUCACCACUACUCCCACGGCAGCCACAGGUCGGAUCCCCACCACAGGAAGGGCUCGUCAUAUGGAAAACACAGCUCCUUCUCCCCUGAACAGACAGGCAAAACACUGCAGACACUGAAGGAGAGGCUGGAGAACUUGCAGCAGGCCAGGAAUUCCUCCAGCUCCUACUCCAGCUCCCUGAGGGAACUCCUCCAGCGGAAGAUCACCGCUCUGGAGGAACAGCUGCACAGCUACUACAGAGAUCACCAUGACUACGGUCACCAUAACGACCACCAUGAUGAUCACCAUGACGAUCACCAUGACGACCACCACGACGACCACACCAAUGACCACCGUGGUACCGGUCACCGUGACGACCACCACGAUGAUCACCGUGGUACCGGUCACCGUGACGACCACCACGAUGACCACCGUGGUACCGGUCACCGUGACGACCACCACGAUGACCACCGUGGUACCGGUCACCGUGACGACCACCACGACAGCCAUCGUAACAACCACCACGGUAGCCACAGGUACAACCUUCGCAAUGGUCACCACAAUCGCCAUCACGACUACCACUAUGACUCGUACCACAGCCGGCAUCAUGGUAACUAUGGCAACCAUCGCAGCAUCCACCAUGAUGACCACCAUGAUGACCAUCAUGAUGAUCACCACGAUGACCAGCAUGAUGACCUACAUGGUCGUCACGAUGAUCACAGUGGCGGCGAUCACCACGGUGAUCACUACGACUAUCACCACGGACCAGGACACUACGAUGACCAUCACGAUGAUCAUCAUGAUAAUCACCAUGGCAACGACCACCAUGACGACCACCACGGUAACGAUCAUCCACCACAGCGGCUGCCUUUCAGCAGCAAAGAGACAAGUCUGCGGGGCACAGGGCACAACAAGCUGGAAACAGUGCUCAGUCAAAUUCACCACGGCAACAGUGACCACGGAAACCAGAAGCUAAAGCUGAAGAGUCCCAACGCAUUCCUGCUCGACUUCCCGAUGAGAACCAACUACAUGUACGCCCGGAUGAAGCGGUCAGUGGUCAAUGAGAUCUUUGCCCUGACAAUCUGCCUGUGGCUGAAGGCAGGAGCAGGUCCUGGCCUCGGUACUCCCUUCUCCUACGCCAUACCUGGACAAGCCAAUGAGCUGGUGCUUAUUGAAUGGGGCAGCAACCCCAUGGAGCUGCUGAUCAACGACAAGGCGGUGACAUUACCCAUAACCAUGACAGAUGGGAAGUGGCAUCACGUGUGCGUGACGUGGUCGACUCGAGAUGGUAUAUGGGAGGCCUACCAGGACGGGGUGAAGAAAGGCUCAGGGCAAAACCUGUCAUCCUGGCAACCCAUCAAACCAGGAGGGACCUUCAUCCUGGGCCAGGAGCAGGACACGAUGGGAGGCCGCUUCGAUGUCACUCAGUCCUUCAUGGGAGAGUUGUCUGAUCUCCAGUUCUGGUCCAGAGUCCUGACUCCCACUGAGAUCUACAGCCAGGCCACCUGCGGAGGCCACCUCAUUGGUGAUGUCAUGUCCUGGUCGGAGGAGUCAGUGGAGCUCCACGGAGGGCUCACUGAGUUCCCAUUUGAGCCCUGCCACUAAGGACUGACGUCAUAAGCCCCUCACCCAGAGCUGUAUCAUCAUCACCCCCACAUUUCUGAUUGCAUAGCCAUGUCAAGAAUAGCUGGAGAGUGGGAAAAUGUUAUUUUGUCAUGGAUCAAAGUUGGGGAAAUGAUUUAUUUCAUUGCCUGCUCUGGUUUUUCAUCAUAUCGGUCUGCAGAAGUUUAAUAACACAAGCUCAGCCAUGGGCAACAGACGGAGCAAGGAGUUUCUUUUGCUUUUGCUAUGUAUUUUUGCCAUUCCUGUUCGAUCUUUUUGCCUUCUCCACCUACACCCUCACUUCUUCGCUCUGGCGCUCUUAGCAGGACGGCUUUCAAGUCUCUAAAGAGCGCAGGGCUUUGGAUUUACCGGCUGUGUGGUCAUGACUACGGCUGCUCUGAGAGAUCUUACACACAUAAUAGGAUUUCAAUCCAUCGGAACAGGUUCAGAGGUUGCUUGUUGCCAUUAGCUUGCCUGCACUAGGUUGUAUUGUUUGGUAUGUGAGCAAAUAAACAUUACAGGAGGUGAAAGAGUGGCUGAAAGGCACAGGAUCGCUUACAAAUAAAGCCACAUGGAGACCUGAACCGUGAUGAUUUAUAAAUGUUGCUAAAGUACUGAAAAUCGAAUAUCUGCUAGUGGUUUUGUGGAGACAAAGGAGUAAUCCUGCCGCAAGACAUUUUUUAAAAUGCAGAGAGAUAUUUUGGCAGACUGUUUUAUACUAGUAUUUCAUAUUGAAAAAUCUACAACAGGCUUUUUUGUAGAAAGAAAACAAAAAAAGUGUAAUCCACGUGUUCUCCAUAACUCUGAAGUGUGAUGUUUUAAAUUUAAAUUUUUGUAUGUGGAUUCAUUUCUCUGUUCAAAAGUCAAACGGUUGCUCAGUGUCAGACAUGACAUGUCACGGCCACGAACCACCUGACUGCAUCAGUACAGUGUUAAAGGUCUAUCAGCAUGUCACAGCGGUAAUGCUGAUGUCUCCUCAGCAAACCGGUGGCUUACAGCAGGAUUUACCUGUGGACAACUGAUCUGAUCCUGCCUAUUUCUGACCAGCUCAAACCACAUGGCAGAGUCAGACACACAGACACACACACAUACACACGCACACACACACACACACACACACACACACACACACACACACACACACACACACUUGCACAUGCUCAGUUGGAUAUAAAGAAAUGAAAAGAGACAUUGUUGAUCCCAUGCUGUUUGUAGAUGCACCUUCAUGUUUUUAUAACAAAAGAGGUUUUUGUACAUGUGAAUUAUAUCAGAUCAGUCUGUUUUAAUUAUUAAGAACAUUUAUUAUGGCAUUUCUCAUAUUGUAAAUAACUGAAUAAGUACAUAGCACUUUCUCAACCACUCUUAACCCUGCAUUUGUUUGUAAAGCACAUAUUUUGGAGGAAACUGUUUAAUAUGUGUUUAUUUUAACCCUGUGUAAUCUGAGUUAAACUCAGAUUACAUCCUGCGUUGAACUUUCUUUAUUGAUAGGAAAGAGGGGUAUCUGUUGUUGCCAUGGUGAUAGAAUCUCUCAGCAUCAGGACCACAUCAUCCCGACAGUGUCGCACUACGGCUGUAAAUAUCUGCAGAAUGUUUCUUCGACUGUAAUGCCAAGACAAGCAGCACUUUGAAACCAUGCUCCCGUUCUCUCUUAUGAUAGUGGGCCAAAUGCAUGUGACAUGUCUUUCAUAUGUUUCUCCUGUCUUUGUUACAUAGACUUCAGUUCAUACACCUCCUCCUACUACCGAAUUGUGUAGUUUGUAAGCUGAAUGUUGAUGUAAAACAUAUAAAAAUAUGAUAUACAACUUUAUGCAUAAAGACUUGCUUAUUCUCGCCUUUGGUGUACAUUUUAAUGUUUAUUAGGUUUUUUGUUAUGUUUAUCCUCAUCCUUGUGUCUUUGGCUGUAAAUAUUUAAAGUAUUACAUUGUGUUCAGUCUACAGUCCCUCCCUCAUGUGUAAGCCAAAACUAUAAGCUGAAUUGUAAAACUUGAAAGAAGAAGAAAAUGGACUGUAAACGCUGUCAAAUAUUUGUAAAUAUGUCAGGAUUUUGAAUA